AUGGGUAUAAAUGUGCAGUACUGCGACAAUGGUGUUAUUAUCACACAAACACUAGCUAUGAAGGAAGUCCAUGUUAAACAUAGUAGUUUGAACUUAACUCAUAUACUAAUUAAGAUUCUCGAAUCGUAUGGUGUAAGCCUGGUCCAAAUUUGCUCUAUAACCAUAGACAACGCUGCGAAUAUGGUCAGUCUAGGGAAUUUGGUCAACAAAGAGUUACAAAAUAUUGAUAAAAUGAAUAGCGACAAAAACGAACAUAACAUAAUAGAUAUGGAGUGUGAAGAUGACGAAAGUGAUGGAGAAAAUGAGGAUGUAGCACACCCACCGUGCGAUGAUGUCGCUGCUUUAGACGCUAGCUAUUAUGAAAUUUAUUCAAAUUUGGAAAUCGAUUUUGCAGCAAGCGAUAAUAUUACCGUAAUAAGAUGUGCUUCACAUACCUUGAAUUUAGCUGUAUGUGAUUUUCUAAAAGAAAUCAAAGACAUACGGAGCAAAGUAAAAACGGUCGUUAAAAAACUAAGAACUCCGACAUUAUUGCAUCUGCUACGUGCAGAAAAGCUGCGUAAACCUGUUAUCGAAUGCGUAACGCGUUGCGGCUCCACAUACAACAUGUUUUUAAGUUUAUUGCAGCUUAAAAGUGUUUGUGAGAAAAGCUCAGCUGAUAUUGCAGAUUUGCAUAUAAGCGAACCAGAGUGGUUGACUAUCAAAAGUGUUUGUUCAGUUUUGGAGCCCGUUUAUUCAAUUUCCAUAAAACUUCAAAAAAAGAUCUUGCUUUAA